AUGAUCCUGCUGUGUGUUGCAUUGCUUGUUCUUCAUCAGGGAGAUGCUCUGGUUCCAGUGAUCACAGUUAAACUUGGUGAACCUGUGACCUUCACAUGUGUUUUGCCUGACGCUGCGAUCAGUCGCAGAGAUGUUCACUGGUACAAGCAGAGUGCCGGGGAGACUCUGAAAUCACUUGUGACAAUGCAGAAAAACGUACAGCAUGUCUACGGACCAGAGUAUUCAGCUUCAAGAUUGGAUUUAAUAGUUAAUAAAACUCAUAGCAAUCUGACUAUUUUGAGCACGAUUCAAGAAGACGAGGGAAUGUAUCACUGUGCACUCGUGGACUGGAUUAAUAUAACUUGGAGUGGCUCCUAUUUGUCAUUGAAAGGAAAGACUCAGAGGACGUCCGACUAUACUGUUGUUCAGCUGUCAGAGUCUAAUCCAGUCCGACCAGAAGACCCGAUCACUCUGCAGUGCUCAGUCCUCUCUGACUCUGAGAGAAACACAUGUCACGGAGGUCACAGUGUGUUCUGGUUCAAAUCUGUUGAAUCUCAUCCAAACAUCAUCUACACUGAUGGAGAAUCAAGUCAUGAAUGUGAGAAGAAAUCUGACUCUCAGAAGAGCUGCGUUUAUUGUUUCUCUAAGAACGUCACUUCAUCUGAUGCUGGGACUUACUACUGUGCUGUGGCCACAUGUGGAGAAAUAUUAUUUGGAAACAUAACAAAACUGCACAUCGAAUCAGACUUUGCACUGAAGUUGGUUCUAUCACCUAUGUCAACAACGUAA